AUGGCGCAACUAGUCCUCGACCUCUUCUACUCGUUAGGCAACUGCCUCAACUGCUUCCCUGGCUCGCCGACCCUCAAGAUCAACCAGCGCAGCUUCAAGAUCCUCCGCCUGCUCGGCGAGGGCGGCUUCUCCUACGUCUACCUCGUCGAGGACACAAACUCCCACCAGCUCCUCGCCCUCAAAAAGAUCCGCUGCCCCUUUGGCGCCGAAUCCGUCCAGCAGGCCAUGCGCGAGGUCGACGCCUACGCCCUCUUCGAACACAUACCCACCAUCAUCUCGGCCGUCGACCACUCGGUCGCCACAGACCGCGGUUCCGGCACGGGCGACGAUGCCGCCAAGACAGUCUACGUCCUGCUGCCCUACUACAGGCGAGGGAAUCUGCAGGACAUGAUCAACGCCAACCUCGUGAACCACGCGCAUUUUCCAGAGAGGAAGCUCAUGGUCCUGUUCCUCGGCGUGUGCAAGGCGCUGCGGUCGAUGCACAACUACAAGCCCGCCGUGCAGAGAAUGGAAAUGGGCACAGAGGAGCAGGGAAGCAGCAACCAGACGAGGGGGAAGAGGACGGAGGAAGAGGAGCAGGGCGAACAGGAGAGACCACUUAUGGAGGACGAGAAUCACAUCACGCAGGGCCGAAAGGUGCAAGCGUACGCUCAUCGUGAUAUCAAGCCUGGCAAUAUCAUGAUCGACGACUCCGGCUCAACGCCUAUCCUCAUGGACCUCGGCUCCGUCGCGCCGUCCCCGAUCCCAGUCACAUCCCAGUCUCUCGCACUUCAGAUCCAAGAUACCGCCGCCGAGCACUCGACCAUGCCGUACCGCGCCCCGGAGCUUUUCGACGUGCGCAACGGCUCCGUCAUCGACACAAAGACCGACAUCUGGUCCAUGGGCUGCACUCUAUACGCCUGUCUCGUCGGCAAGUCGCCCUUUGAGAUGCGCUCGGACGAGACGGGUGGCACCCUCAGUCUUUGCGUACUCGGCGGCGAUUGGAGGUUCCCCGACGAGGGCCCCCAGGGCGUCAAGAGGACAAACAGCAUGAGGCACCAGGGUCAGUCGCCAAACGGUGCUGGCACGCAGAACGUCGAGAUCAGCGAACCAAUCCGCGAGGUUGUGCGGAAAUGUCUCAAAGUUGAGCCCGCAGAGAGGCCCGAUAUUGACGAGUUGAUCAACCUGGUGGAACAGGUCAUUGAGGGCCUACCGGAGGAUGCAGAGUGA